AUGUUUAAAAGGUCGAUAACAACUUCGAUAGGUUUCAAGAGAUAUAUACAAAAGAUGACGAACUCAAAUCACCAAAAGGUUACCAUUAUUGGUUCAGGGCCAGCUGCUCAUACCGCCGCAAUUUAUCUUGCAAGAGCGGAGAUUAAACCAACGUUAUAUGAGGGUAUGUUUGCAAAUGGUAUUGCAGCUGGUGGUCAGUUAACAACAACUACAGAGAUCGAAAAUUUUCCCGGGUUCCCUCAAGGCCUGACUGGUAGUGAGCUUAUGGAUAGAAUGAAGGAACAGUCAGUAAAAUUUGGUACAGAAAUCAUUACUGAAACGGUCUCAAAAGUUGAUCUAUCAAGCAAGCCUUUUAAGUUCUGGACCGAGUUCAAUGAAGAUAGCGAGCCAAUCACCACAGAUGCGAUAAUUUUAGCAACAGGUGCAUCAGCAAAGAGGAUGAAUUUACCUGGCGAAGAGACUUAUUGGCAACAAGGUAUCUCAGCCUGUGCUGUUUGUGAUGGAGCUGUACCAAUCUUCAGAAACAAACCGUUAGCGGUUGUUGGUGGAGGUGAUUCCGCUUGUGAAGAAGCAGGAUUUCUGACAAAAUAUGCCUCAAAGGUGUAUUUGCUUGUAAGAAAAGACUAUUUACGUGCAUCAACAAUUAUGCAAAGACGUGCAGAGAAAAAUGAAAAGAUUGAAAUCUUGUAUAACCAUGUUGCUCUUGAAGCAAAAGGUGACGGCAAACUAUUAAAUUCUCUAAGAGUAAAAAAUGUAAAGACGAACGAAGAAAGAGAUCUAGAGGUUAACGGUCUUUUCUAUGCUAUUGGGCACACGCCAGCUACAAGUAUUGUUACAGAACAAGUUUCAACCGACGAAGCUGGUUACAUUAAAACCGUCCCGGGUACUUCAGAGACCUCAGUUCCUGGAUUUUUUGCUGCUGGUGAUGUCCAAGAUUCAAGAUAUAGACAAGCAAUUACUUCAGCUGGUAGUGGCUGUAUGGCAGGUUUGGAUGCUGAAAGGUAUUUGUCGUCUUUUGAAUAA